GCAUCGCAUGGAGGAAGCUUAAGGAAACCAGCCAUCCAGUCUCUCACUCUAUCCCUAAACACACGGUCCUUCCCAAGAAAACAUAUAUAGAAGAUCCAAGCUCCUGGAAGCUCCAGCUUUUAUCUCUUCACCUUGAACUCUCCUUGUUCAAGAAUAUUGCUCAUUGUCUUCUAGGUCUUGGCUGCAUCUGGGAUCAAGCUAUCUUGCUUUCUGGGCAUCAAGAGACAGAUCAAAAUGCAGAAAGGAAGCAUUCCCCUUAAGUAUUUGUUACUAUUGCAUCUCCUACUUUUAAAACAUGGCAUGAGCUACAGUGAUAAUAGCACAACUGUCAACACUACAUCCAGUGUAGCCUCUGAGGGAAUCAGUACAUUCACCUACACUGGAUCUAGCACAACAUUCAGUGAGACCAGCACAGCCUCCAACACAGAAUCCAGUGUGACCUCGGGUGAAACCACCACGACUUCCAACACUGGAUCCACAGUGACCUUCAGUAGAACCAGCACAGCCUCUGACACUGGAUCCAGUGAGACUUCCAGUGGGACCAGCACAGCCUCCAACACAGAAUCCAGUGUGACCUCAGGUGAAACCAGCACAGCCUCCAACACUGGAUCCACAGUGACCUCCAGUAGAACCAGCACAGCCUCUGACACUGGAUCCAGUGUCACCUCGGGUGAAACCACCACAACUUCCAAUACUGGAUCCAGUGACACUUCCAGUAAAACCAGCACAGCCUCCAACACAGAAUCCAGUGUGACCUCGGGUGAAACCAGCACAGCCUCCAACACUGGAUCCAGUGAGACUUCCAGUGGGACCAGCACAGCCUCCAACACAGAAUCCAGUGUGACCUCGGGUGAAACCAGCACAGCCUCCAACACUGGAUCCAGUGUCACCUCCAGUAAAACCAGCACAGCCUCCAACACUGGAUCCAGUGAGACUUCCAGUGGGACCAGCACAGCCUCCAACACAGAAUCCAGUGUGACCUCGGGUGAAACCAGCACAGCUUCCAACACUGGAUCCACAGUGACCUCCAGUAGAACCAGCACAGCCUCUGACACUGGAUCCAGUGAGACUUCCAGUGGGACCAGCACAGCCUCCAACACUGGAUCCAGUGUGACCUCGGGUGAAACCACCGCAACUUCCAAUACUGGAUCCAGUGUCACCUCCAGUAAAACCAGCACAGCCUCCAACACUGGAUCCAGUGAGACUUCCAGUGGGACCAGCACAGCCUCGAGUACUAUAUCCAUUGGGACCUCCAGUGGGAACAGCACAGCCGUCAACACUGGAUCCAGUGCAACCUCAGGCUCACCUUCUCCAACUGGAAUGCACACAACUUCCGACAGAAACAGUACCAGUGCUACUACUUCAACAAGUAAAGUGGGGCCUGAUGGGUCCCUGAAGCCAUGGGAAAUCUUUCUCAUCACUCUGGUCUCAGCUGUAGUGGCUGUGGGAUUCUUUGUUGGGCUCUUCUUCUGCGUGAGAAACUUCCUGAGCCUGAGAGACAUCUUUAACAGGCCUGUCUACCACCCCCAUGGCCCCCACCUUGACCUGGGCCCUGAAAGGAGUCACAGAGUCCACCAUAGGCCUAGGUGGAGCCCUAACUGGUUCUGGAGGAAACGAGUAUCAACUGUAGCUAUGGAGAUGAGAGGGUGAUACAACAGACCCUGAGCAGGGCUGAAGUAAGAGAGCCACCUUCUUCAUGGAGGAAGCUGACCUGAGGGACUGAAGAUCUAAGUGUCCUUUCAUUUGUCCCCGGAGGUCCCCUCCCAGCUUUGGAUCUGUGACAGCCUUGGAGAAGAUGCUUCCUCCCUUUCUGUUGCUUUUAUUGGACAUUGGAAAGAAGAGAUGCUAUGGUCAUUUGGCCAAGAAACAAACACAUCCAAAAUAAAGGACAGAGAAAACCUGUGUGUA